CGUUUAAUUAGAGGUGAGGUAACGCCCCCCCCCUUUACUAUCCAGCAAGAUGGCUGAUCCUACAAAGCUGUCUCUGGAUCCUCUCUUCAUGGCACGCAGUCUCUUUAGGCGGAGGAGGUUUGAGGAAUGUGUCAAGAUCUGCUCCGAUAUCCUGCAGAGCAAUCCUUAUGACCAGGCUGCGUGGUACCUAAAGGGGCGUGGUCUCACUGAGCAGACAUACGUAGACGAGGUGGAGAUGGAGGAGGAGGGCAUCGCUGAGUUGUUCAUGGAUGACACCGCUAUUGCUGACGUUGCAAGACCUGGUACGUCGCUACGUAAACCUCCGGGUACGAUGGGACUGAGUCAAGGGGUCCGCCCACUCUCUCAGUCUGGCAGGCCACUCUCUGGGUUCCUACGGCCAGGGACACAGGGUAACCGCCCCCGCACCAUGGAGCAGGCCAUCCGUACACCCAGGACAGCCAUGACAGCAAGGCCUGUAACAACAGCCUCGGGGCGUCAUGUGAGACUAGGCACAGCGUCCAUGCUCACUGAACCAGGAGGACCGUUCAUUGACGUAUCUAAACUCAACAUUGUUAAAUAUGCACAGAAACCAGCUCUGUCCAAGGCUCUGUUUGAGUAUUUGUUUCACCAUGAGAGCAAUGUGAGGAGUGCACUGGACCUGGCUGCCGCGGCAACAGAAGCCUCCAAUUAUCAAGACUGGUGGUGGAAACUACAGUUGGGCAAAUGCUACUACAGACUUGGUUUGUAUCGCGAUGCUGAGGCCCAGUUCAAGUCCACCCUCAAGCACUUCAGUACAGUGGACAUGUUCCUCUACCUCUGCAAGGUUUAUGUGAAGCUGGACCAGCCCAAGAAUGCUCUCGACUAUUUCAAGAAAGGCUUGGACAAGUUUGAGAAUGAUACCUCUCUUCUCACCGGCAUUGCUAGGAUACACGAGGGACUGGGAGAGUUGGUCACGGCUGUCCAAUAUUAUAAUGAUGUGUUGAAAAUGGAUGCUACCAAUGUGGAGGCCAUUGCCUGCAUAGCAACCGACCACUUCUAUAGUGACCAACCAGAGAUUGCCCUCAGGUUUUAUAGACGGCUGCUCCAGAUGGGAGUACAUAAUGCGGAGAUCUUCACAAACCUUGGUCUUUGUUGCUACUACUCACAACAAUAUGACAUGUCGCUGCAUUGCUUCCAAAAGGCCGUUGCCCUGGCAACUGAUGAAACACUGGCGGACGUCUGGUACAACAUUGGACACGUAGCACUCGGUAUAGGGGACGCAGUGAUGGCGUACCGUUGCUUCAAGCUGGCUCUGACAGCCAACAAUGAUCACGCUGAGGCCUACAACAACCUGGGUGUACUGGAGUGGCGGAGGGAGAGGGGGGAACAGGCUCUGGCAUGUUUCCAGUCCAGCUGCCACCUCUCCCCUCACAUGUACGAGCCUCACUUCAACUCAGCCCUUGCUUCAGAGAAGAUUGGAAACCUCCAGAGCAGCUACAAGAGUGUGCAGAAAUCACUGGAAUCAUUUCCGGAGCACUGGGACUCAAAGGAACUUUUAAGAACUCUUGAACAACAUUUUGUAGCUCUGUAGUUGUUGUAUACACAAGGCAACCUUAUCACUUGUUACACCGAGGUUAAUUACCUUG